UCUUGAAUGUUUCCUUUUUCGUUCGUUUUAUCGUAUUAAUUUCGCAUAUUUGUCGCGUUGUCAAUUGUUCGUGGAUGAGGUUCGAAGUCGUACAACGAGCAAGAAGAAUCGGUUGGACGAAUUAUCGUGUGUUGUGCUAUAAACACGUGCGAAAUCUUGGCACAAGGAAAUCUUGGAGAACGACGUAAAAGAUAGAGAGAAAGAUACAAAAGGAAAGAGAGCGAAAGCAGAGAUCGCACAAAAAUGUCAGAGAUUGACGCUAAAGUGAACAUGUCGCUUGAUGAGAUCAUAAAGAUGGAGAAAAAGAAAAAAAGGGCGACAACUAAUGGAAAACCCGGCGGCGCCAAGCGCAAUCGCGGUGCCGGACGAGGCCGGGGUGGAUUUAGAGGAAGAGGUGCGAGAAUCAAGCGCAAUGUUGGGGCCACUCUGAAGAAGCAACAGCAACAGACCUGGCAACGUAAUGCGAGUACAGCAGGCAAUGCUCGUGGCGGUUUUGCUCGGAAUCGCUUUAAGAGAAAUAGCAAUCUCACGAGAUCACGUAGCAACUUGAGCUUGAAUUAUAAGCCAAACAAUGUGAGAGGAGGCGCGUUCAAUGUGCGUCGUGGCAGAGGCAAUAGAUUCGGCCUAACUCGCAGCCGGAGUCGUACAAACCUGACAUUCAAUCAGGGCGGCUUCUUCACGAACAAUAAGAGCCCGCUGAAACGAACGAACAGCUUGCCCAAUCUGCGAGAUCCGAAUUCUGUUCACAAUCGCCUGGGCUAUCAGAGUCCCGCUCAGAUUGCCUAUCGAAAUCGUGUGAAACGAGUGAAGCAGCUGUUGUUGCAGAGGCAGAAUCAGAGACUGACCUUGCAGAAUCAAUUUAGAAUGGCACAACCCGGCCAGAAGACCGUUUUACUUUCGAUGCAACCAAGAACUUUGGGAAGGCAACAGAUACUAACAUCGCAACGUCGCUUCACGACCGGUGGACUGCGAUCCGAUCAGAUCGCUCAUGCACAGAGACGGGCGCAAUACGAACAGAAACUUCUACGAAUGAACGCUUCCCGGUUGAACUCUACUCCAAAUGUCAUGUGCACAUUGGGAAGCGAGUAUAUACCUACCACUACACGCCAGCGACCACUUACCCUUGCACAGAACCUACCUAUAACUAUUAUUAAUUCGCGACAAAUGCCCAGAGGACGAUCGCCGUUCAGGCAAAACGCACAGCCUUUAAAUAUGAUUGACCGAGCACCAUUAUUCGGUCGACAGCGCUCAAGAUCGAGAUCACGCUCACGCUCGCGUACACGCAACACGACUACGUCCGAUUCCAGUGGAGACGUCGACGAUCGUACUUUCAGCGAAGUUAUGUACAGUCUGUCAAGCAAUCUCGGCGUUACAAAGCGAACUCUUAAUGAUCGAUUUAGCUUUUAAGUAGUAACGUCGCAAAUUCGACUUUAUAUCGAAUUCAUUACCAACGAUACAUUGGUAAUUUACCUGUAACCUAGAAAUAAAAAAGUAAUUUUUGUUUUAACAUGUAGACAAAAU